UCUCCUCUACUUUUUAUCCAACCAUUAGUUCUAUAUAAAUCCCAGAAAAAUACAAUACCUUCCAAUCCAUAUUAGCAAGUGGUAUCUAAACAAAUCUCCAAAAACAUGUCCAUAGUUGCAGAAGCACCUGGUUACAUCCAAGUUUUCUUCGAUGGCUCAGUUAAACGAUUCGAGCCUGAAAUUGCCACUGCAUCAAUUGAACCAUGCAAUGGAUACAAGUCCAAAGAUGUGAUCAUUGAUCCUUUAAAGCCAAUAUCUGGUAGAAUGUACCUCCCUGAUUUUCCUGAAUCAGGAGUUAUUAACCAGCAGCUUCCUGUUUUAGUCUAUUUUCAUGGUGGUGGAUUUUGCAUUGGCUCAACUACAUGGCUUGGUUACCAUCUUUUUCUUGGAGAUUUAAGUGUUGCAUCCAAAUCUAUCAUCCUUUCAGUAGACUAUCGUCUUGCACCGGAAAAUAAGCUUCCUACAGCUUAUGAAGAUUGUUAUUCUGCAUUGGAAUGGCUGAUCAAGAACUUAGAAAUUGAACCAUGGCUGAAAAGGGCUAAUCUUGAUCAGGUUUUUCUUUCCGGGGACAGUGCUGGAGGCAAUAUAGUUCAUCAGGUUGCUAUCAGGGCGAUUAGAAGUGAAGAUUUUCGUGGUAGAUUAAAGGGGUUGCUGCCAAUUCAUCCCUAUUUCGGGAGUGAAACGAGGACUGAAUUAGAGAUGGCUAAUGGAUCAGAAGGAGACGUGAAGAUGAACGACAUGUUUUGGAGGCUUAGUUUGCCUCAAGGAUCAAACCGUGAUUAUUUUGGAUGUAAUUUUGAGAAUGCUGAAAUGUCUGCGGCUGAGUUUUCUCAGUUUCCAGCAGUGAUUGUUUUCGUUGCUGGCUCGGACUUUUUGAUAGAAAGGGGAGUAAAGUAUGCUGAAUUCUUGAAAAAGAAUGGUGUGAAAAGAGUGGAGUUGGUUGAAGCUGAGGGACAGGUUCAUGUUUAUCAUGUGUUUCAUCCUGAAUCAGAGGCUACUCGUUUGCUUCAGAAACAAAUGAGUGAUUUCAUACAUAGUUUGUAG